AUGUGUAUCUCAUCAUACAUGCUAAUUCUCUCUCUCUCUCUUUUUUCUCAAGGUUUUCUACUCUCAGUUUCAAAAUCUCUGCAAAAGGUAGAAGAUGAAGAUAUGUUGCUAACCACAUUAAAUCUAGGAAAAACUCUUCGAAAUGGAGAUAGAACUGCGAACAGAGGAGCUAUACCUUUUCUGAAGCAUUAUGAGACUGAAGACAGCAGUGUUUUGGAUGAAGAGGAUGACAGAAACAUGAAGUUUUUGGACACAGGUUCCAGACAUGAUUUCUUAAAUCAUGUUAUGCCAAUCAACUUAGGUAGAAAGCAACUACCUUAUCUUGCACUGAAGGGAGCCAUGGCUUUUCCAGCUGACACUGAAAUUCAAAAUAUUGAAUCAAUACAGGAGAGAGAGACUGCAGAUGGAGAAAAUUCAGCUAAAUUCCCUAUAGGAAGAAGAGAUUUUGACAUGCUCAGGUGUAUGCUGGGAAGAGUCUAUCGACCUUGUUGGCAAGUCUGA